GAGUUUGCAAAGAUUGAUUCGCAUAAUGAACGCUUCAACGGCAAAAUUUUCCGCACCAGAAGGAUUCUUGUUUCUCUCUCUUUGAUCUCAUUUCGCAACAACUCACAUUUCCUCAUGCAUAAUUCCCGUCUCUUCCAAAUGUGUUAGGGUUUCUCAUUUCCCUUUUUCUUCCUAAUUUCCCCUCUCUUUCUUUUUUCACUUUCCAAAUUCAUUUUGGUAUCUUGUGUGUGCUUGUGUUGCACAACUUUCCCUCUCUACAUUCAUGGAAGUUUCUAUAAUUUCAUUUUGUCUCAAAAAAAUGCAUGAUUGAACCAAAAAUUGCAAUAACUAGAUGAGUAGAGGAUAUUGGAAGGGUGUGUGGGCAAGUUAUUAAUUAAGCUCCUCAAGUGAAUGAUCGAAGGGUUUCAUUUUUGAGGUGAAUAAAGGAUAAUUGAAGAAGAUGAGCGCUUCUAGGUUCAUCAAGUGUGUUACUGUUGGGGAUGGAGCUGUGGGCAAAACUUGUUUGCUAAUUUCCUACACUAGCAACACCUUUCCCACAGAUUACGUGCCAACUGUUUUUGAUAAUUUCAGCGCAAAUGUGGUUGUGAAUGGAGCCACUGUUAAUUUGGGAUUGUGGGACACUGCCGGACAAGAGGAUUAUAAUAGAUUACGACCAUUGAGUUAUCGUGGUGCCGAUGUUUUCAUACUGGCUUUCUCUCUCAUAAGCAAAGCUAGUUAUGAAAAUGUUUCCAAAAAGUGGAUUCCAGAGUUGAAGCAUUAUGCACCUGGUGUUCCCAUUAUUUUGGUUGGCACAAAGCUUGAUCUUCGAGAUGAUAAGCAGUUCUUCAUAGACCAUCCUGGUGCUGUACCCAUUACCAAUGUUCAAGGAGAAGAACUUAAGAAGCUGAUUAAUGCACCUGCUUACAUUGAAUGUAGUUCGAAAUCACAAGAGAAUGUGAAAGCAGUCUUUGAUGCAGCCAUAAGAGUUGUCCUUCAACCGCCAAAGCAAAAGAAAAAAAAGAAUAAAGCACAAAAGGCAUGUUCAAUAUUGUGAUUCACUAUGUCCAACCAUUUGAUGACAACCAUUUGUUCUACUUAUGUUGCCCUCCUCUUCUUCCAUUUCUUCAUUCCUUGGUCGUUGAAGAAGUUGGAGUCUUUCAGAUGUUCAUCUAACAAACACUAGAUCCCCUUGAAUCAUAAGGUGGUUGAUGUGUUUGCUUUCUUGGAAUUAUUGUGAGUUAUAAUGGUCAAAUUUGCAUUUCAUGGUUCCCACCUUUUUCUUAACAUAUGUUUUAUGUAUUAAUACAUUGGAAUAUCCCAAUUAGGAUAACAACCUUAUUUGUUUGAAUA